AUGAUCAGGGACGGCUUCUGCCCCAACGAGUUCGCCCUCGCCAGCGCGCUCCGUGCUGCGUGUGACCAGUCCGUGGCCCAUGUCAAGCUCCAGUUUGGUCUUUCGCUCCAUGGCGUCGCGGUUAAGGUUGGUGUGGAUGCCGAUCCUUUUGUAGGAAGCUCGCUGCUCCUCAUGUAUGCAAAACAUGGGCGUGUAGCUGCUGCGGAGCUCGCGUUCGUGGAGAUACGGCGCAAAGAUUUGACUUGCUGGAACGCGAUGCUGGAUGGCUAUGUAUCCAAUGGUUUCGGGCGUGACGCUCUGAUGGUGGCGUCUCUGAUGCACCAGUGCGGGCUAACAGCUGACAUGUUCACCUACGUUUCAGCUGUCAAGGCAUGUUUGAUCGCCGGCGAGUUGGAUUUUGGGCGGCAGCUCCAUGGCAGUGUCAUCCAUAACAUGUUUGAGUCUGAUACCUCGGUGAUGAAUGCGCUUGUUGAUAUGUAUUUCAGAGCUGGGCUGAUGGGCAUUGCCAUGGCUGUUUUUGGUAGGAUUCGGCACAAGGACACAAUUUCUUGGAAUACGGUGAUAUCUGGUUUCGUGCAUGAUGAAGAUGAGAGGGCAGUUGUGGGCUGUUUUACUGAGAUGAAACAAUCGGGUAGUAAACCCAAUGAAGUCACUUUCUCUACCAUGCUUAGGCUGGCUGGUGCCAAAGAGAAUGCCUCACUUGGUCUUCAGAUAUUUGGGCUUGCCUAUCGUUAUGGCUACUCUGACAGUGUUCUUGUAGCAAAUGCAGUUAUCAACAUGCUGUCUAGAUGUGGACUGCUCUAUUGUGCACAUGGCUUCUUCAGUAACCUCAGUUUCAGAAACACCGUGACUUGGAACGAGAUGAUCGCAGGUUAUGGUCUAUACAGCUGUUCAGAGGACGCAAUGAGGCUCUUCCGCGAUAUGGUUUGCUUCGGAGAAAGACCGGAUGAGUUCACCUAUUCAGCUGUUUUGUCUGCUCUCCAAGAACCUCAUGAACCAAAGAACCAUGAACAAGUCCAUGCAAGUAUUCUGAAACAAGGUAUCGCUUCACAGCAGUUUGUGUCGACUUCACUGAUCAAGGCAAAGGCGGCUUUCGGAUCAGUUCAGAGUGCGCUGAAAGUCAUUGAAGACACUGGCAAGAUGGAUUUGGUGUCAUGGGGAGUCAUCGUCUCUUCAUUCCUCAGUAAUAACCUAAACGAUGAUGUCAUUUUCCUUUUCGACUUGUUUAGAAGUGACUGCGUGAGCAAACCCGAUGAAUUCAUCCUGGCUACAGUCCUGAAUGCCUGCGCAAACGCUGCAUUAAUAAGGAAGUGCAGAUGCAUCCAUUCUCUUGUUAUCAGGACAGGGCACCGCAAGCACUUCUGUGUGGCAAGUGCUCUAGUUGAUGCCUACGCAAAGUGUGGUGACAUAGCCGCUGCGAAGAGUGCUUUCGCCGCUGUUUCAUCGAGUGGUGAUGCCAUACUGUACAACACCAUGCUGACAGCUUACGCCAACCAUGGCCUGAUCGACAAAGCCCUCAGCCUCUACCAACAUAUGACACGAGCGCAAUUGGUUCCCACUCCAGCUACGUUUGUUGCCAUUGUCUCAGCGUGCAGCCAUUUUGGACUGAUAGAGCAGGGAAAGCAUGUAUUCAGUUUGAUGCUGUCUGAAGAUCAGGGUAUGAAUCCAACGAGGGCAAACUUUGCCACCCUAGUCGAUCUCCUGGCGCGGAAAGGGCUCCUCCACGAGGCCAAAGGCGUGAUUGAGGUAAUGCCUUUCCAACCGUGGCCUGCGGUAUGGAGGUCUCUGCUGAAUGGUUGCCGCAUCCACGGGAACAAAGAACUGGGAGUGCUUGCAGCACAGCAAAUCCUGAGAAUGGUGCCAAGCAACGAUGGCGCCUAUGUUUCGCUUUCCAACGUCUUCGCUGGGGAUGGAGAGUGGCAUUAUGCAGAAGAAGCCAGGAGGAUAAUGGCUGAGAAUCAAGUCAGGAAGGUGCAAGGGUAUAGCAGGAUUGAGAUUUAGGGAUAAUGUUUAUAUAGGAGUAGCUAAGCUAGCACUAACAACAGAACAGCCAUGUGGCUGCAAGAACUGAUACUAUCUCCGUGAACCUAGGCAUAUUUUUAGGGAUUAUUUUGCUACUGAAAGUCUGGAGCAAAUAUACCUAAAAAUACGUCAGAUAUUCUGCUA